AUGUUGGUCACAACUGAGAACAAUCCAUUCGUAAUUCCUAUAGCCAGCACCACUUCUCCCUCUUCCCAUUAUUUUAUGGAUCUUGAAAUAUCCGGUCAUGCUGACAUCUUAGAUGAUAUGCAACGCCAUUCUCAUGCACUAAAGAGUUACCUUUUCAUUGGCCUCUUCUUCGCUACAGCCAUUUUACUGCUGUAUCACUUUACUGCAUCAUAUCAUAUCCAAUUCCCACAGAAUCGCGAUGCACGUUUACCGUUGUCUAAUAUACGAGAACGCCCAGUUGUUAUCUACCACCCUGCAGACUUCAGUCCUGGAGUUCCAUCUGGUUUUACCGUAUUUCAUAAAAUGGGCUGUCUCAUCAGAAACUGUGUGCUCACAAAAGCAGAUCAUUACAAGCGCACGGCCGAUGUAAUAAUAUUCGGAGAAAACUCGGAGUGGGAGCCACCGCACAAACGCUUGACAAAUCAAAUAUGGAUAAUUAGUUUACUCGAAAGUCCUGAAAACACUAAGUUUUUGAAGAAAUAUAGAGGAAAGGUACGUUUUUAUAGUCGUAAAGUAGCUUGA